GCGGCGACUGCGAGGAUGGCGGCAGCCGCAGGCGGCGCCCCGCGGGCGCUCUCCCAGCGGGAGCAGGACAUCCAGAUGAUGCUGGCGGCCGACGUGCACCUCGGCACCAAGAACUGCGACUUCCAGAUGGAGCGCUACGUCUACAAGCGCCGAACCGACGGUAUCUACAUUAUCAACCUUGGCAAAACCUGGGAGAAGCUUCAGCUGGCUGCCAGAGUGAUUGUUGCCAUUGAGAACCCACAGGACAUUAUUGUGCAGUCUGCUAGGCCUUAUGGUCAGAGGGCCGUCCUCAAGUUUGCACAGCACACUGGUGCCAAUGCCAUUGCUGGUAGGCACACCCCUGGUACCUUCACUAACCAGAUGCAAACCACAUUCAGUGAGCCACGUCUUCUCAUCCUGACUGACCCCAGAACUGAUCAUCAGCCCAUCAAGGAGUCUGCUCUUGGCAACAUACCAACUAUAGCCUUCUGUGACACUGAUUCCCCUAUGCGCUAUGUUGAUAUUGGCAUUCCUGCCAACAACAAGGGAAAGCAGAGCAUUGGUUGCCUAUAUUGGCUACUUGCUAGGAUGGUUAUGCAGAUGCGUGGCACGAUUCUCCCAGGACAUAAGUGGGAUGUCAUGGUUGAUCUUUUCUUCUACAGAGAUCCAGAGGAAGCUAAGGAGGUGGAUGAAGAGGAGGCUCUAGUAGCUCCCGAAUACGGUGCCCCGGUAGUGGACAAUUGGGGUGAUCUUCCUGCCCUCUCCGCAGGGCCAGCUGGUGCUGAGUGGGGUGCUGCUGCUCCAGCUCCUGUAGCUGGAGAAGGUUGGGAUGCACCUGCCGUCCCUCUUCCUGCUGAUGCGGCUGUUGCUGCUGUCCCUGCUCCUGCCACUGGUUGGGAAGAAGGCAGUGCUCCGGCCCCCACUGGCUGGUAACAGGAUGUUCAGUGGGUGACACUCAAGGAGAGAAGAGUUACUUAACGUGUUGUUCGUAUUAGCAGAUCUGUUUUGGUAGCCCCCAGUUAUGGUACUGUGUAAUGUUAAGUGAGAAUCGAUUUUGAGCGUUUACUCAGCUGACACUGCGAUACGAUUCCUUGCUUGUUACCUUCCCGCAAUGCAUUUUUGGAUUGAAUGUAUGCCUUGCAACAUACUGAUGCGGUUUUCUGGUUGA